UGCUGGCUCCUGUGGGGCUCCACCCUGCAACAUGACACACGGACACAAACCAGCUGUUCCUUCAAGUUCCUCUCUCCAAUGGAAGCUAAGGGGUGCAGCCAGAGAUGGGGGGUGCUUCUCCCAGAGUGUGAACAGAGCAGAAGAUGCUCCAGACCUUCUUCACAACAAACACGUGUUGCAGUGGCGGCAGACAGACAGUAUGUCAAGAGCACGCCUCUGUUCUCUGCACAACAACAUCCGUCCAUCCUAAAGAAGCACACAGACCAGGAGAACCCGCUGGCUGUCAGCAGAACUGAAGACCAGCAGCAGCUCACUGACAGGACGUCCUGCACCAGAGUGAAGGAGAAGCUGAGCCCAAACAGCUUCAGCCGAUCUUAUAGGGACAUGUCCCCUCCCUCACUCUGGAGGAGAGACCUUGCCUCACCCCUGGUUGUUUCAGAACUCAGGGACCGGCAGUCACCUCCCCCUGGCAGCAGAUCCACUCAGCUGAGCCUCUCCAGAUCCAACCUGGAAGUCCAGAGACUGAACCCACCUGUGCGCCCGCAGCUGACCUCCGCCGUCUUGCAUCCUACAUACAGCCCUCGCUCAAGGGAGUCCAGGAUGAAUUGGGGGGGGGACAAACUGAGCCCUUCUGGAGGAUAUCCUGUGUCUCCCUUUCAGGCGGAGUACUGGGCCUGUGCAAUCCCCCAAGCUCUGCCUCCAUCUCCGGACAGGCAGACCGUGAGCUGGGACCCUAACAGGGAGUACCAAGCGCUGCUGGACUACAGCUACCCUCUGAGAGCGGUACAGCCGCUCUGUGAGGGGGAUACCCCCAAGCUCCAGGAACACACUCUCAAUCCGCAGGACUCAGGCAUAGAGCAGGACCUCCUAUGUAGUUCUUCCAGUCUGUCUCUCAGUGGAGGGUACAGGUCUCCUAGCUUACAGGGGCUCAAAGCCUCCGGUACAUUGCUCUCCCUUGCAGACUUGUACUGCAGUCCCAAUCAGCAAUGUGCACUGUCCAGGUGUGCAUUUGAGGAGCUGGACGAGGACUUCUGUCCUCUUCCAGAGCAGUUGGAGGGUCUGCAGCUGCUGCCCCGACAGGUGAGGGAGGUCACCGCCAGCUGGGAGUCUGUGCAGUGGGGGGGCUCCAACUUCUCCCCCGUCACCCCGCCCGAUACACAGGAAGUGCAGCAGUACACACAAGAAGAGGAGAAGCGAGCCGCAGCUGACCACAGGGACUCUAAAGUGAGGAGCCCUUCUGGAGCCUGGGUAGAGCCUGCAAGGGGGGGUGGGGGAGCCUGUCCAUCCAGUGUCAGGGGGCUGCCUGGCAGCCAGGAGAAGCAGGAGGAUCCCAGUGACUCCCUGAUGCAUCAGAUCCAGGUCUUCUGCUGGCAGCUGGAGCAGCUCAUCAAGCAGCUGCAUGAAGUGUCAGAGCAGAAGGAGCUGCAGACUGUGUCCACUGUGGAUAUUGCCGGUGUCAAGUCCUCUCUGGCUGAGUACCAGAGAGCAGUGAGUGUCCAGCAGUCUGCGACCUCCAGCGUGCUGCACAGCGGUCAGCUCCUCCUUCGCUGCAUCGACAACAUGUCUCCAUUUUUAAAAGAAACCCUGCAGCUGAUAAAGAGCCACUGUGGAGCUCUUGAGAGCCGCACACAGCUACUCCUCUGCUCUAUCCUAUCUGCCAUGGACAGCCUUAGCCAUCAGAACCAGCAGAACACUCAGAUCAAAGUAGAGGAGGCUGCCUCCUCUCUGUCAUAAGAUUUGUUGCACUUAUUUUUGUAUCUAAUUUACUUAUAAGCUCUCAUUUGAACAUGUUGGCAUCUUAUGUAACCGCUUGGUAAAUAAAAAAAUGUUGUGUUUAAACCCAACUGAUCACAUUGAAUGAUAUAACAUUAAAGAAAUAUUCUAUUA